GGGCGCCAAUUGAAACUGCGGGGCAUUUCCUACGGUGGCGCACAGACCACAUACAGCAGUGCACAGACCACAUCAGUUCUCCACUUUUUACACCGGCUGGAACUCUCGUGGAAUGAGAUGCUCGGUUUUAACUUUAACUUUUACCCAUCAACUACAGCAACUGCUAUCCUGCGCGUCAUUGCUGGCGUCAAUCUCUCUAGGGUCCUGAAGCCUAGAUCACCCCCGAACCAAGUCGUACGAAAUGAAAUUACUAAGAUGGAAGAGCGUGUCCAGUCGCUUGGCUUCGAAGCCUACACUGUCGGUAUCGUGUGCGCGCUAGAAUUCGAGAUGAGCGCUGUCCGCUACAUGCUGGACAAAGAAUAUGCCCGUUUGCCCAGAAAGCUAGGCGACUCGAUUCUGUAUGUCCUCGGAGAGCUCAGCGGCCACAACGGGAAGGGCGCGGUAGCGGCGGUGGCAAAGGAUAUGGCGCGUACGUUUCCGUCGAUCGAGCUUCGGUUAAUGGUCGGUAUCGGAGGAGGCGUGCCGAGCGGAAAGAAUGACAUUCGCUUGGGCGACGUUGUGGUGAGUGUGCCCGACGGCGAGCAUGGUGGCGUGGUUCAGUACGAUCUGGGCAAGAACAUGGACGACGGCUUCAUCAUGAAAGGAUUCCUUUGGCCGCCACCCGAGAUUUUGAGGAGUGCUGUGGGUAUUAUACGAUCCGACCACAGGGUCUCGCAAAACAAGAUCCCUGAGUUCCUGUCGGCCAUGUUUCAGAAAAGCGACGACCUUCGCGUCUCGUACCAGCAGCCUGUAGAGCCGGAUGAGCUCUUCCAGUUGGGAUAUCGUCAUGUCCCCAACCAAGCCACCUGUCAGCUCUGUGACAAGACAAAACGGGUCCAGCGUCCGCUGCGUGAACCGACCCCCAAGAUUUAUUAUGGGCUUAUUGCGGUGGUUGGCGAUGUCCUGUGUUUCGAGAUGGAGGCGGCGGGCAUGGCGACCCAGUACUCGUGCAUCGCCGUCCGGGGCGUCUCGGAUUACGCAGACUCACACAAGAACGACGUCUGGCAGUAUUAUGCUGCGGCUGCGGCUGCGGGGUACGCUAAGGAGCUCCUUUCAUAUGUGGACCUGCCGCAGCCUUCCACGACGACAGCAGCCGUCGGUCAGCAUGGAUUCGACUCGUCUAUGGGCAACCUGUGACGGCGUUUAGCAACACCCACUACCGCUGCACCACACCUUCCAGAAGGGUGCCAGAAUUACAAGCCGUCAGGCUGCAAUUC